UUCAGGUUCAGAUCUUCGUAAUCAGGCUCUCUUGAAUCUUGUUGGGUCGAUUUCAGAAUCAAUAACCUCAUCCAUCAACAAUGUCGGGUCGUGGAAAAGGAGGCAAGGGUUUGGGAAAGGGAGGAGCCAAGAGGCAUCGUAAGGUGCUUCGGGAUAACAUUCAGGGAAUCACGAAGCCUGCGAUUCGGAGAUUGGCGAGGAGAGGAGGCGUCAAGCGAAUCAGCGGUCUGAUCUACGAGGAGACUCGUGGAGUGCUCAAGAUUUUUCUGGAAAAUGUGAUUCGUGAUGCUGUGACUUAUACAGAGCAUGCUCGUAGAAAGACCGUCACUGCGAUGGAUGUCGUCUAUGCCCUCAAGAGGCAGGGAAGAACCUUGUACGGAUUUGGAGGUUAAUGAAGGAUUUUUGGUGAACCAAAUUGUGAAGAUUUGGAUAGAUUUAGAAUUAGAAGUGUGUCUGGGUUGCGAUUGAUGAAGUAAUGUUUGUAAUGUAUUUUGGGGAUUUAGGUUAAGGAUUUGACUUUAAAUGUAGAAUUCGAUAGUGUUACGUGUCACUUUUUCUUAAUCAAAAUUUGUACAAACUUUGUUGCAAUUCCGCAUUUGAUCGUAUUCAGGCGUUUAAUUGGCUUCUGAG